AUGGACUUACCCCCAGGAUGUAAUUCAGUUGUUGACAAGAAAAAUGAAGUUUGCAAACUCAAAAAGUCAUUAUAUGGGUUAAAGCAAUCUCCUAGGGCACGGUUUGACAGAUUUACUAAAUCUAUGAAGAAUUUUGGAUACACACAGAGUAAUUCAGAUCACACCCUGUUCUUGAAGCGUGAUGAAGGAAAACUUACUGCAUUGAUUGUUUAUGUAGAUGACAUAAUCGUAACUGGAAACGACGCAGAAAAGCAACUGAAGUUGCAAAAUUAUUUGUCUCAGGAAUUUGAGAUGAAGGAUUUAGGUGAUCUGAAUUACUUUUUCGGAAUUGAAGUAGUAAGGUCAAAAGCUUGUAUAUUUCUGUCUCAAAAGAAGUAUGUAAUGGAUCUACUCACUGAAACAGGAAUGCUUGGAUGUAAGCCUGCUGACACACCCAUUGAGAUGAAUCACAAGUUGUGUGAAGACAUGGACCAAGAACCAACCAAUAAGGGACAGUACCAACGCCUUGUUGGAAGGUUGAUAUACCUGGCACACACAAGACCAGAUAUUGCAUAUGUUGUGAGUGUGGUUAGUCAGUUUAUGCAUUCAUUUAGUGUUUCUCAUAGGAAUGCAGUUGAUCUGAUCUUAAGAUACUUAAAGUCAGCCCUUGGGAAAGGAAUAAUGUUCUCAAAAAAUGGAGAUCUUGAACUUGUUGGAUAUACAGAUGCUGAUUGGGCUGGUUCCAUUACAGAUAGACGCUCUGCUUCUGGUUACUUUACAUUUGUGGGAGGUAACCUAGUCACUUGGCGGAGUAAAAAAUAA